AUGGCCAAUAUAGAAAGUGACACGGUUGAGCCGGUACCACCAGGUAUCCUCGGGACCCAAGGCAUCGAUGCGAAUGGCCAUGCCCAAGACGAAGAGAGUCCAUUACUCCAGCGACCCGAUAUAGAGCCUAAUCUCAAGCCGUUGACGGGUGUUGGAACAAUUAUCGCGGUGCUGCUGCUUGGUGAAUUUAUUUCUAAUGCCGAUGCGACACUUGUCAUGGCGGCAGCAGGCCGCAUAUCCUCCGAGUUUAAUCGUCUACGCGAUGCUAGUUGGCUCUCAACGGGCUAUACGUUGGGUCUUUGUGCUGCACAACCAAUGUAUGGAAAAUUGAGUGAUAUCUCUGGUCGCAAGCCAAUGUUGCUCAUCUCGUAUUUGUUAUUCGCAGUGGGCUGUAUAAUGAGUGGCCUCGGAACACACAUGUGGGUGGUGACUUUUGGACGCGCAAUCAGUGGAAUGGGUGGUGCAGGAAUCAUGACCAUCAGCUCCAUUAUUAUCACAGAUAUCGUGCCCAAGCGCGAGGUCGCUACUUGGAGAGCUUACGUGAAUAUCGCCAUGACACUUGGACGUAGUCUUGGAGGUCCUCUGGGUGGUUGGCUGAGCGAUACUAUUGGAUGGAGAUGGUUGUUCAUCCUACAAGCUCCAUUCCUCGCACUGGCUGCGGCUCUCGUAAUUGUGAAACUGAACGUCAGUGAGAGACCACAACCAACCUCCAAGGGAAGCAAACUCGCCAAAGUUGAUUUCCUUGGAACGGCACUGCUAGGAUCAUCCAUUAUCGCCAUGACCACACUCCUCGACCAAGGCGGGAAGUCCUUCCCAUGGAGCUCAUGGUGGACAGUCCUCCUAGCAAGCGGCGGAGUAUCACUCCUCAUCGCCUUCGUGCUCGUGGAAGCCUACGUUGCCCGCGAACCGAUCUUCAACCUCCGCAUUCUGCGACGCACAAACGUCGCAAUAGCAUACAUAAUCGGUGCACUCCAGAUCACCGCACAACUGGGACUAAUGUUCUCCGUUCCACUGUACUUCCAAGUAACUCAGCGGGCAUCAACGACAGCAGCGGGCGUGCAUCUCAUUCCAGCAGUGGUAGGAAAUACUCUUGGCGGACUGCUAGCAGGAAUAUUCAUCCGGCACACAGGUCAAUUCAAAAUGCUCCUCGUCCUCGCGGGCCUAGUUGCCGGUAUUUCCUACCUCCUUCUCUACCUCCGCUGGGAUGGACACAGCGGCUUCUGGCAGUCGCUAUUUAUCCUCCCUGGCGGACUUGGGACGGGAAUUGCAGGGGCAUCCUCGUUUAUCGCCAUGUCUGCUAUGCUGCCGGCUGAGGAAAUCGCCAUGGCAACGGCAGGAUAUAUGCUUAUUGUGGGAUUCUCCAUGACGGCUGGUGUGACUACAUCCAACUCCGUUCUGGGGAUGGAGUUCCAGCGGCAGCUGAGGCUAAAUGUCCACGGGCCUGGCUCUGAGGAGGUUAUUCAACGUGCGAUGGCCGAUACGAAUUAUAUCGCGCACCUAACUGGCCAGCUGCGGGAGAUUGUAGUGGCUUGUUAUAUCUCGGGACUUAGACAUACAUAUCUUGUUUCCCUUGGUUGUUCGCUUUUGGCGUCAUUCGGCGGGUUGUUUAUUGCGCGCCAUCAAAUCUAG